CUUUCAGACAGACUGUUUUUGCUGCAGUGAACGGUAGCCGUGGAGAGGGAGCGAGAGAGAGAUAGAGAUACAAACAGAGUGAGAGAGAGAGAGAGGAGGACAAAAAGGAAAGAACAACAAGGAGUCGAGUGAAGGAACAAGGAGAUCAAAUAAAAGAAAAGUCGAUAACAGCAGAUUGCGAGGAGGCUCCGGACAAGCUGCGCAUCAGAGGAGGCACCUCACCGAGGACCUUACCGGAGCCCAGCGAACAAAACCGGACACCGGAGGCGGAAUAUAACGGUGACACUCCAGAGCCCCUCUGCCCUCCUGAGGAUUCAGUGAGACAGGCGGAUCUGUGCGCCCCGCCAUGGCCUUCCCAUCAGCCCCCUCCGCAGUAUGGAGUGUCAGCUUAUUGACAGUACUAUUCGCAGCUGCGGUCCACAGCAACAUUGUCUACGACGACGACCCCUUGCAGCCGGUGACCUCAGAUGAGACGGUGUCCGUGGGGGGCACGGUGACACUGACCUGCCGGGUGGCCGAGAGCGACAACUCCUCCCUGCAGUGGUCCAACACGGCACAGCAGACCCUGUACUUUGGAGAGAAGAGAGCACUCAGAGACAACCGCAUCCAGCUGCACCGCUCGACAUCCACCGAGCUCUCCAUCAUGAUCGGUGAGGUGCAGAUGUCCGACGAGGGCGAGUACACCUGCUCCAUCUUCACCAUGCCGGUCCGCACCGCCAGAGCCAUGGUCACUGUUCUAGGUGUGCCCGGUAACCCUCAGAUCUCCGGCUUUGAGAAUGCAGUGCCAGAGGGGGGCAAAGUCACCCUGACCUGCACCAGUACCGGCAGCAAACCCCCCGCCAGUCUGAUCUGGUACCGUGGAGACCAGGAGGUGGAAGGGCGCCCAAACGAUGCGGAGCAGGUCCCCGACGACCUCACAUACAACGUGAGCAGCGAGCUGACGCUGGACGUGAGCCGCGACGACGACAAGGCCCUCAUCACCUGUGCCGUCGACCAUCCGUCGCUGGCCCCCGGGGACAAGAGGAGCGAGCAGGCUCUGCGGGUGCUGUAUGCCCCAAACGCAGAGAUCCAGCCUGAGAGCGAUUUGCCCAGAGAGGGGGAGAAGUUCUAUCUCAAGUGUGUGGGCAACAGCAACCCAGAGCCGGCCACCUUCAUCUGGGAGAAGAAGGAUGGUGAGCUCCCCUCGCUGGCCAAAGCCGACGGUGCUCUUCUACAAUUCGAGAUGCUCAACAAAUCAGAUAAUGGCGUCUACCUCUGCCAAGCGGACAACGGCAUCGGCAACAGCCAGGGGGAGUACACACUCCUGGUGCAAGAUCUCUCGGACCCAGACAACCCGGACACUACCUCCCCCUCCACUGACUCUCCGAUAUCUACGUCUUCCCCUCCGAUAUCUACGUCUUCCCCUCCGAUAUCUACGUCUUCCCCUCCGAUAUCUACGUCUUCUCCUCCGAUAUCCUCGUCUUCCCCUCCUACCGCCUCCCCCACUGAAGUCUUAUCUGCCUCCAGCUCUGAAUCCACUUCCGCCUCCUCCUCCUCCCCCUCCCCCUCUCCUACUCCUACUCCCACCCCCUCGGAGGCUGACGUGUUGACCACCAUCUCCGAUUCCUCCACCACCGCUCUCUCAAACGCCCUCUUUCCCGACUUGCCAUUCUCCCCUUCAUCCUCCCCGGCCACCCCUCCUCUCUCCUCUGCAAGCAUCGCUCCAUCCACUGCCACUCCCUCCUCCUCCUCCUCCUCCUCCGCCUCCUCCUCCCCUACUCUCCCAGUUUCCGUCCAGCUGAAUGGAGUUUACACUUUCACAGAUGCUGCAGACAACAUCCCAGACCCCACAGCCAUGUUGACCUCUUCGGGGGUGGACCACGCUGUGAUCGGAGGGGUGGUGGCUGUUAUCGUCUUCAUUCUGCUCUGCCUCCUCAUCGUCCUCGGCAGAUACCUCAUCAGACACAAAGGGACGUAUCUGACCCACGAAGCCAAGGGCUCGGACGACGCCCCUGACGCCGACACGGCCAUCAUCAACGCAGAGGGAGGCACCUCUGGAGCAGAGGACAAGAAGGAGUACUUCAUCUAGACAGAGGAGGGAGCAGUGGAGAAAAGGAGCGGCAGGAGGAGAUGGAAAAGUUGGAGGACGUGUGGUAGUGGGGAUGGGGAGGAGUGAAGGGGGGAGAAAAACCUCCAUUUUGUUUUCUCGACGCUUCAGUUCUUCACUCGGUCGGAGGGAUGACGGGAGGGGAAGGGAGGGGAAGAACUGUGGGCAGCAUAAAGCGAUGAGUUGAGCUUCGACUUGGUACUACCCUCUUUGCAUUGAUACAGGGAAGUGAGAUUUUGCACUUGAACAUACGGACAAACUGAGGUUACACACUCACACACACAGACACACACACACACACACACACACACACACACACACACACACACACACACACACAGAAAAUACGCGAGUCGGUUUUGGGAAACACCUCUUCCCACAGACUCGAACGCUCGUAGAUGCUCAGAAUAUGGAACGCGAGCUUCCUACUAACACGUCUGAAUUAUGACAUUUUUACACAAGCAUCGCAUCCUAUUUCUAACUCGAAAAGGCAGAAUUGUAACUCACAUUCCGGCACCAUUCCCCGCCCCCACUAACCCGUCCUGAUACUUCACUUCUCACCACGACGCCAACGUGUCCCCUCGACAUCCAAACCAGCUCAGUCCUUCACAUCUUUUUUCUUUUGUCCAACCGACGAGGCAGAAUCCCUCCGUCAACAUCCGAGUGGCAGAGAAAUCCACGUAAAUCACCACUGACAGACACAAUCCCCCCACACCCCUCCCCUCUCUCGCAGUUUCAUCUUUUUACUCCAUCAAACCUCUUUCUGUGCCGAAGAUCCCCCACCCACCCUUAACGCAGCAACAUGCAACAAUCAUGCAAAACUAGCAUUCCCACCUUGCGCUACAAAGCCAAGGGGCUCCAGUAUACAUAUAUAAAUAUAUAUAAAUAUAUAUAUAGAAUUAUAUAGCAUUCUUUUUACUUGACAGAAAAUGUUUGGUGUGCUGUAAAUACACUCUCUGUCCUUCUCUACCCUCCGUCUCUCCUCUCUCUCUCUACAUCUCCCUCUCUCCUGUAUCUGAUUCAGUCUGUUACUGCAUUACAGUGACGUAUAUAUACUCUUAAAAAAAAAUAAACGCCUGCCUGUUUUUAUUACGUACGAGACAAAAAUAUCUGUAUCUGGGGGAAUAAGAUUCUGAAAAAAAUAACCAUGAUGACGUUGCGAUGAAAACUAACCUUAACUGCAAAUAUUUGUAUGAGGAAUGUUUCCUUGUUUUUUCUCUGCGUUCUUUUCUUUCCCGUUUUUGGUUUUCAGGACUCGUGAGAGACUUCCUCUCGUCGGCGUCUCGGUGUGUUGCUGUCAGUGUUAACAGUUUACAGUGUCUGUCAGUCUGUCGGCCCAGGAGUCCAUGAAUAUCAUUUACAACGUGUGGUUUCGAUUUUGAGGUUUAGGUUUUUUUUUUUAUGCUGUUUGUUUGUUGACCUCUCUCUCUCCCCCCGUGUCCCGCGUCCACUGCCGCCAUUUUGUCCUCCCGAAAAAACUAAACUGUAGCAAAACCUCGAUCGAAAAACAUUUUCAGAGGGGGGGGCAACCUGUUCGAUGGAGCUUUCCUGGAGCGUCACUGCCCGGUGCUGGUGCUCGUGGACGGCUCCACUCGGCCCCGCACCUCCCGCCUCCACCUUUCCUCCCCCCCACAGCAGACUGCUUGUCUUGGCACGAGCACCCGGCGCUAAAUCCAUUGAGUAGUGACUUCAUGACUUCCUCUAAGACGCUGGCACAGUCGCUGCUCGCGGGAGGUGAAAAUGCUCGCUUGCUUUCCACUACAGGGCCAAACAAGAUUGCCUACAUGCAUUAUGACAAACUUCCUGGCAACACAAAAAAAACCUUUUCUCUUAUUGUUCCUUCUUUCUCUUUUCCUGCGUGUGUGUGCAGGAAUCAUUCGCCAGCUUAGCACAAGGUUUCCCACAAAUGACGAGUGUUUUAUUAAGGUUGGGAGUUGGCCUCGGUCCUGGCAAGCUCCGAUUGGCCCGGGCGUGGAAAUUGAUUGCAAUCUAACUAAGAGGCUCUGGGCUCCGGACUGCUCACGUGCCAAGGUUUGGCUCGACGGGCGCGGUGCCGAGCUGGAGUCUGGGCUGCACUAAGAAGAAAGUCAUUCAGGAACUUAAACGUCCCCCCCUCCGCCCCGCUCGUCCAUUUCUUUCCAUUCUUUAAUUAAUCAUCUGGUCUGUGUCCUGAUCCACCUUCACCCGCUCUCCCCUUUCCUCAUCGCUCCCCCCACCCCCCCCAACGACCAUCCAUCUCUGCUCGAUGUCCGAUUCUCCUCGCUGGUUUCUCUCUCGUUCAGGAGUCCAUGUAGACGUACAGUAGAAGUAGCGUCUCUAGAUUCGCCCGGCGUUCGCUGAUGGCUCUCCUCAGCACCUCCUGGGAGUGUUGCUACGGAGAGGAAUCCAUUUGCUGUUGUCCGUCGACCCGUUAGACAGUUAUGUCUGUGAUAGUUUUUGUACACCUUUUUUGGGAAUGUUCAGGGAUUGUGCUUUUCGUACCUUUCCCCCCCGCAUUAUCGUUAACCGCCACCACGCUGGCUGCAUUUAAAGCCCAGCUGGUGCGUCUAUAAGCUAGCUAAAAUACAAAGGGUAAUGUGACCCGAAGCAGGGUCAGCUGUUGUCUUACUUUCUCUCCUCCUGUGGCGUUCUCGUAAACUUGGCUUCAACAGUGUUUGAAUUCCGUCGGACGCGGUUUCGACAAACCGAGGUGAACAUUUUCUGGAGCUCAUAACACUGUUGAUCCCGCGUUUACGCCGCGUCACUCUUCAGCCUGGUGUGUGCAGACCAGAGGACGGGCCUCGUCUCACAGAGCUCGCUGUCCACUUCCAAGAGAUACCUUUGGUUUUGUAUUUAAUCCCAGUCCAAUUCUGCUCUGUGAAUGGAGAAAGGAAAAUCUGCCUCAUACCUAAAAAGUGUAGUGUCUUUUUAAAACUAAUGGACCUGUAUUUGCCUGUAAUUUAUCGUCCUGUCCUUCGUCUUAGUUAAUGUGCUAGCAUGUAGCUUGCAUGAGAAACGGUUGGAAAUGUAGAUAGUGUCGGGGAUGAGCAGCGGCGACGAGCUUCUCUCCUGAGGCGAGGGCGGCGGUCGGCCCGGCUGACCUCGCCGCCGUUCUCUGAUCUGCAAACAUUAGGCCGUGCCCCGGUUCAACCAUCUGUACCUCCUCAUUAAAACAGAGGCAACUCGCGAAGGGCCGUGUUCUUCUUCUUUUGCCACCACUGCUCCAUUCAAACAACACAGAGGUACAGAGGAACUCUAUCAGACUCAUAAAUCCCGUGCAUCAGUGCAGUGAUGACAAACUGUCACCAGAUGCCAGCAAACAGCAGCUUGUCUUGUCCCGAGCUGUCCUGUCCUGUCCUGUCCUGUCCUGUCCUGUCCCGCCACUCAACUCUCACCAACUCCUCUACGGGCAGUCGCACACUAGCUGCCUCUCAUCCCUAUUCGUUUUAUGCUAUACGAACAAAUUGAUUUUUAAAUUCCGUUUUUGUAAAAGGUGUGCAUAAUCUUAAAUUUAUUGAUUUCAGUUCAACCGAUAAUCAUAUUUUUAUUAGUUUGUCCAAAACUUGAAGGUUAGAACUUUAGUUUUUUGCGUAUUUUAUUGUUUCAACAACCAUUUUUUAAAAUAAUUUUCGUGUAUAUAGUGUUGCCUUUACUGGAUACUCUUACAAACGCACCCAUGCACACACACUUAGGGUACAUGCACAUCCACACACAUAUCGGAAUAUGCACAGCAGGCAUGGCGUCUGUGACUCUGGUGUAUUUGUACAUAUGUGUGUGUACGUGUGUUUGUGUAUGAGUGUGAGAUGUGUAUUAAUUGAUCCAAACAGACUCCGAAAACACUCUGUACGCGUGUUGCGUUCACGAAAAAUGUUAUUAUUUCAACGACUAAAAUUACGUCUUUGUCUUUAGCAUCAUUAUUAUUUUUGGAUGACAAGUCUUCCUUUUGAAUAAAUGUCCAUAUCACAUGAGAGUAGUGCUGUCACGUACGUUCCUUUCUACUAUCGCCGAAGAUGUCACCGAGGUGAGAGCCAGCCGCAUGCUGUGGUGGGUUUGCCUCUGUUGGCCGUUUGUGUUCAUGAAGUAUUUGUUUUGAUUUGGUUUUUCUGUUCAAAAAUACCAGUUCAGUUGUUGACUUCAAUAAACAUGCAUUUGGGUUAAUUUCA